AACACACACACACACACAUACACACACACACACACACAUACAUUCACUCCCAAACACACUCGCACAGGUUUCCUUUCCCAUCAUAAAGUAACAUUUCAAAAGAUUAAGUCUUUCUGUAAUUGACUGGACAAAGGGCCACCUUUUCUCACCCAACAGGUUAAAUACUGCAUAGCUAAUAGAUUGGAGCAACUUCUGAUCUACGACAUCACAGAGGAAAACUUUGUCAUUUUUACUUCAUAAAUGAUGCAACUUUCAAAACAUUGCUGAAACAUGAAACAAGAAGAGUAUUUAAAUAUAACAUAAUUAUUCUACCUCUUUACCCGUCAAAGUGGCCUCAUUCUACUAUAUUUCUUCUGUGCUCAUAUCUUGCAUCAAAUAUUGGAUAAGCUAAAGUGUGGAAGAAGAAAUCACUGUUUUUCAUAGUCAUUAUUCUGCAAUGGGAAUGCUGACUUUGAAUCAUCUAUUUGUUGGGAGCUUUGUUGAGUCCAAUGGAGCAUCCCGUACAGUGUUCAUCUCCCUUCUGAUUCCAUGUUGCCUGACUGUGGAUUUCAGUGCCCCCCCUCUUAUCCCAAAUAUGCCUUUCCUCUGGGUCUGGAAUGCUCCAACUGAAGCUUGUACUGGAAAGUUUGACGAGCCGCUAGAUAUGAGCCUCUUCUCUUUAAUAGGAAGUCCCAAGAAAGGUAUCACAGGGCAAGGUAUUACAAUAUUUUAUACGGACAGACUUGGCUAUUAUCCAUACAUAGAUAAGACAGACACAAGUGUGCAUGGAGGAAUCCCCCAGCUGGGGUCCUUACAAAAGCAUUUGGACAAAGCUAGGAAAGACAUUUUCUUUUACCUACCGGUAGACAACAUGGGCUUGGUUGUCAUUGACUGGGAAGACUGGAGGCCCACCUGGGAAAGAAACUGGUCACCUAAGACUAUUUAUAGGGAAAAGUCUAUUGAGUUGGUCCAGCAACAGAAUUUACGACUGAAUAUCACAGAAGCCACUAAGAUCGCCAAAAAAGAGUUUGAAACAGCAGGAAGGAGAUUCAUGGAAGAGACUUUAAAAUUGGGCAAAUCAGUUCGGCCAAAUCACUUCUGGGGUUUUUAUCUUUUCCCUGAUUGUUACAACCAUGACUACAAAAAAUCCCAUUACACCGGAGCUUGCCCUGACAUAGAAAAGAAAAGGAAUGACGAUCUGCACUGGUUGUGGAAGGAAAGCACCGCCCUUUUCCCAUCCAUUUAUUUGAACAGCAACUUGCAGUCAUCCUCACUAGCGGCACUCUUCUCGCGAAAUCGUGUACAGGAAGCUAUUAGGGUUUCUAAAGUGAUUAAUGCUAGAAACCCACUUCCAGUUUUUGUAUAUACCCGCCUGGUUUUUACUGAUCUUACUUUGCAAUUCCUUUCUCAGGUUGACCUUGUGAAUACAAUUGGUGAGACUAUUGCUCUGGGAGCCACUGGAAUUGUAAUAUGGGGAACUCUUAGUUUAGCACGGAGUAUGAAGGCUUGCUUGAACCUACAGGAUUACAUGAAGAUUACACUGAAUCCUUACUUAAUUAAUGUAACCCUAGCAGCCAAAAUGUGUAGCCAAGUGCUUUGCAAGGAGAAGGGAAUUUGCAUUAGGAAAAACUGGAAUUCAGAUGACUAUCUUCACCUCAAUCCAAGUAACCUUGCUAUUCAAAUUGGGCAAAAUGGAAAGUACAUAAUACAUGGAAAACCCACAUUUGAAGACCUACAGCAUUUUUCUGAAAAAUUUCAUUGCAGCUGUUACACUGACUUGAAUUGUGAGCAGAAAUCUGAUUUAGAAGAAGUUAAGUUUAUUAAUGUGUGUGCUGUUGAAGACGUUUGUAUAGACACCUCACUAAACCCAGAUUCCAGUAAUAAGACUCCCCCCCGUUUGGAACAGGAGACUCCUCCUUCCCAAAAUGAGAAGAAUGAAGGUUUGGACAUUGGGGAGAGCAGCGGGGAGAGCUGGGAGAGUGGGGAGAGCGGGGAGAGCGAGGACAGCAGUGAGUCCUUCACAUCCUCUGCCACAGUGUCUCCACAGAUUCCUAGGAACGACAUCAGUGGAGGACUCUUAAUUCUAUACAUGUAUUCACAGCAUUUGAAAUAUUUGGCAUAGGCUCGUGGAAACUAAACAAUGCAAGAUAGUAGGUGUCAUCUUACAAAAAGAAAUCCGACUUGAGUUUCAAGAGCAAAAGGUCUAUUUUUGUAUCAAAGACUGAUUGCAGAUUCUAUAACUCUGGAAGGAUUAGUUUUCUUCUGAGAACAGUGAAGAUUUGAAUAAAGCCAAGUUAACUGUAAAUAAA